UUGUCGGUGACUCAGUGAUUACAGGAGGAGUAGAGAUGGCGGACAGCGGCAGGGCAGAGCCCGUUAACAACAACAAUAACCCAAACAGCGCCUCGGAGGGGAGCACUAUCAGGGUCACGGUGAAAACCCCCAAAGAUAAAGAGGAGAUUGCGAUCCGGGAGGACGCCUCCGUUACGCAGUUUAAAGAGGAGAUCUCGCGGAGGUUCAAAGCCAAGCAGGACCAGCUGGUGCUGAUCUUCGCUGGGAAAAUCCUGAAAGACGGGGACACUCUGAACCAGCACGGCAUCAAGGACGGCUUGACUGUCCACCUGGUCAUCAAGACUGCACAGAAGACUGCAGAUGGCUCCUCCUCGCAGCCCUCCACCUCCUCCAGCUCCUCUGCCCCCCUGGUGAGCAGCAGCAGCAGCCCCAGCCCUGCCAGCCCUAACCCAGCCUCCACCACCACAGCCAGCUCCACUAGCGCUGGGGGCCCUGAGGCUGGGACCGGGCCCGCACAGCCUCCCUCUAUACUAAGUAAGUGAGCAUGCCGGAGCUAA